GCCUCUCCUCUUCCUAUCCUCACACGUCACGCGUGGUUCUUCUUCCUUCCUCCCACCGCUCCCGUCCGAUCCAAUCCCGGCUAUAAAUUCCCCGCCCCCUCCCGUCUCCUCCUCCACACAUCCGAUCCGAUCCAAUCCAAUCCAGUCCCCUUUCCGAUCGAAGCGAAGCCAAGGCUCUCUCGUCCUCCUCCUUCAAGAUGCAGAUCUUUGUGAAGACCCUGACCGGCAAGACCAUCACCCUCGAGGUUGAGUCCUCGGACACCAUCGACAACGUCAAGGCUAAGAUCCAGGACAAGGAGGGCAUCCCUCCGGAUCAGCAGCGUCUCAUCUUUGCUGGCAAGCAGCUUGAGGAUGGCCGCACCCUGGCCGACUAUAACAUCCAGAAGGAGUCCACACUCCACCUGGUGCUCAGGCUCCGUGGUGGCAUGCAGAUUUUCGUCAAGACCCUGACUGGCAAGACCAUCACCCUGGAGGUUGAGUCCUCUGACACCAUCGACAAUGUGAAGGCCAAGAUCCAGGACAAGGAGGGCAUUCCCCCGGACCAGCAGCGUCUCAUCUUUGCUGGCAAGCAGCUCGAGGAUGGCCGCACCCUGGCUGACUAUAACAUCCAGAAGGAGUCCACACUCCACCUGGUGCUCAGGCUCCGUGGUGGCAUGCAAAUCUUCGUCAAGACCCUGACCGGCAAGACCAUCACCCUGGAGGUCGAGUCCUCUGACACCAUCGACAACGUGAAGGCCAAGAUCCAGGACAAGGAGGGCAUUCCCCCGGACCAGCAGCGUCUAAUCUUCGCUGGCAAGCAGCUCGAGGAUGGCCGCACCCUUGCGGAUUACAACAUUCAGAAGGAAUCCACCCUCCACCUGGUGCUCAGGCUUCGCGGUGGCAUGCAAAUCUUUGUAAAGACCCUCACCGGCAAGACCAUCACAUUGGAGGUGGAGUCUUCGGACACCAUUGACAAUGUGAAGGCAAAGAUCCAGGACAAGGAGGGCAUUCCCCCGGACCAGCAGCGUCUAAUCUUCGCCGGCAAGCAGCUUGAGGAUGGCCGUACCUUGGCGGACUACAACAUCCAGAAGGAGUCGACCCUUCACUUGGUGCUCCGUCUGCGUGGUGGUAUGCAGAUCUUUGUCAAGACCCUCACCGGCAAGACCAUCACCCUGGAGGUCGAGUCCUCGGACACCAUUGACAAUGUCAAGGCUAAGAUCCAGGACAAGGAGGGCAUCCCUCCGGACCAGCAGCGUCUCAUCUUUGCUGGCAAGCAGCUCGAGGAUGGCCGCACGCUUGCUGACUACAACAUCCAGAAGGAGUCCACUCUCCAUCUGGUGCUCAGGCUCCGUGGUGGUAUGCAGAUCUUCGUCAAGACCCUCACCGGCAAGACCAUCACGCUGGAGGUUGAGUCCUCGGACACCAUUGACAAUGUGAAGGCGAAGAUCCAGGACAAGGAGGGCAUUCCCCCGGACCAGCAGCGUCUCAUCUUUGCUGGUAAGCAGCUUGAGGAUGGCCGCACCUUGGCGGACUACAACAUCCAGAAGGAGUCGACCCUUCACUUGGUGCUCCGUCUGCGUGGUGGCCACUAAGCUCCUGGUGAUGGAGCUGCUCCUGUCUCUAGGUUCACAAGGCUCGGUGUCUCUGGUGUUCUAAUGGAGUCUCGUCUGUGUCUUUGUUUCUGUACCGUACUGUGAUGCAGUUUUAUCGUUUGUAUCUUUGAACUAUGAAUAAGUGAGCCCUGAACCUCUGCUGUCUCUAGGUCUGAUGUUUGCUGUUUUUGUUA